UCUCGUGGGGCUAAGGUUGCCGUAACUCGAUCCGACAGGUCCACACGCAUGCCUGCGCACACAGAACAUAUAGUGUCAUGCGCGCAGCGUAUAGAUAGGCGCUAUAGAUGCAGGACGGAGUCAGAACCCGGGAGAGAGGCUCGGAGGUCCCGCCGCAGACGCGACCCGCCGGGGACAUGGUGCUGGGACUGGAGCAGGGAGACGGCAUGGAGGCGGUGUGCCCCUCCUCGCUGGAGGACGAGCCCAGCUGCGGCGCGUGCGGGGAGGUCUUCGCCGAGCCCGUGGUGCUCUCCUGCGUGUGCUGCGGCCGCAGCUUCUGCGGCGCCUGCCUGCUGCGGCGCUGGGAGCGGAGCGGCUCGCAGGACUGCCCGCUCUGCGACGGGGAGCCCGGCGGCACCACCUGCGCCGAGCACGGCCGCCGCCUGGCGCUCUUCUGCCUGGAGGACCUGCGGCCCGUCUGCGCCGCCUGCCCCGGCGCCGCCCGCCACAGCGGGCACAGGGUGUACCCGCUGAAGGAGGCCGCGCACGACUGCAAGGAGGAACUCAAGAACGCUCUGAUACCCCUGCAGGAGAACCUGAACCUGUUUGAGAAAGCCAAGCUCAACUGCGACCAGAUGGCAGAGCACAUUAAGAGCCAGGCCGUGCACACGGAGAGGCAGAUACAGGAAGAGUUCGAGAAGCUCCACCAGUUCCUUCGAGAGGAAGAGGAGGCCCGGAUCGCCAGCCUGAAGGACGAAGAGGAGCAGAAGAGCGAGCUGAUCAAGGACAAGAUCGAGGGAAUGGACGGAGAGAUCUCUUACAUAGCCGACUCAAUUAGAGCCAUAAAGCAGGAGAUGAGAUCUGAAGACAUUGCAUUCCUGCAGAACUACAGGGCCACUAUAAAGAGAACCUGGAGCACAAUGAAGGAUCCAGAGAUGGUCUCAGGAGCGCUGAUCGAUGUGGCCAAACACCUGGGCAACCUGAGGUUCAACAUCUGGGAGAAGAUGCGAGAGGUUGUCUAUUACACUCCAGUGACUGUGGACCCCAACACUGCCGCGAGCUGCUUCCUGGUGUCGGAGGACCUGACGACGGUGCAGUGCUACAAGGAGAGGUUCAAUCUGCCCGACAACCUGGAGCGCUUCGACAUCAGCGCGGAGAUGCUGGGCGCCGAGGGCUUCUGCUCGGGGCGGCACAGCUGGGAGGUGGACGUGCGGGACAACACCUACUGGGUGAUCGGCGUGGCCCGGGACUCCAUCAACAGGAAGGGGAAGCACAUCCUGACGCCGGCCGAGGGCUUCUGGACCAUCCGGCUGCGCAACGGCGAGUACAAGGCCUGCUCGGCGCCCUGGACCCCGCUGAACAUGAGCCGCGAGCCGGACGCGAUCCGGGUCACGCUGGACAUGGACAGGGGGAAGGUGACCUUCCACGACCCCAGGGUGAGGACGGCCCUCUACACCUUCACGGACAUCCUGAGCCCCCGGGUGCUCCCGUACUUCUGCACCGCCUGCAAGCUCUACCCGCUCAGGAUCCUGCCCAGGCGGCUGUCCGUCACGCCCGAAUACUACCACGGGUGAAACCGGCCUUUGCCCCCGCACGAACGGUGCAGGAACUCUCCCCCACCGCCGCCCCCCCCCCCCCCCCCCCCCCCUCCCCACCCCACCCCACCGUGUGACCAGCCAAUCCCGCAGCCAUGCGUUUUCAGUCCAGCCGUGAGCAGGACGGUAGACAAAACCAAAGUCUAAUGCUGCUUCUGUGUCAAUGAGA